GCGGGCUAACCUCACUUCCCAGGAGUAAAGCGCGGCCUCUUCUACGAUAGCGCCGCUGCCAUGGGUUUCCUGAAACUGAUUGAGAUUGAGAACUUUAAAUCGUACAAGGGUCGACAGAUUAUCGGACCAUUUCAGAGGUUCACCGCCAUCAUUGGACCCAAUGGCUCUGGUAAGUCAAAUCUCAUGGAUGCCAUCAGCUUUGUGCUUGGUGAAAAAACCAGCAACCUGAGGGUAAAGACCCUGCGGGACCUGAUACACGGAGCUCCUGUGGGCAAGCCGGCUGCCAACCGAGCCUUUGUCAGCAUGGUCUACUCCGAGGAGGGUGCUGAGGACCGCACCUUUGCCCGAGUCAUUGUAGGGGGCUCUUCUGAGUACAAGAUCAAUAACAAAGUUGUCCAGCUACAUGAAUACAGUGAAGAGUUAGAGAAGUUGGGCAUUCUCAUCAAAGCUCGUAACUUCCUCGUCUUCCAGGGAGCAGUGGAAUCUAUUGCCAUGAAGAACCCCAAGGAGAGGACAGCUUUAUUUGAAGAAAUUAGUCGCUCUGGGGAACUUGCACAGGAGUAUGACAAGCGAAAGAAAGAAAUGGUGAAGGCUGAAGAAGACACACAGUUUAAUUAUCAUCGCAAGAAAAAUAUUGCAGCUGAACGCAAGGAGGCCAAACAAGAAAAGGAAGAGGCGGACCGCUACCAGCGCCUGAAGGAUGAGGUAGUACGCGCACAGGUACAGUUGCAGCUUUUUAAACUCUACCACAACGAAGUGGAGAUUGAGAAGCUCAACAAGGAACUGGCCUCGAAGAACAAGGAAAUUGAGAAGGACAAAAAGCGGAUGGACAAGGUAGAGGAUGAGCUGAAGGAGAAGAAGAAAGAGCUGGGCAAAAUGAUGCGGGAACAGCAGCAGAUUGAGAAGGAGAUCAAGGAAAAGGACUCAGAAUUGAAUCAGAAGAGGCCUCAGUACAUCAAAGCAAAAGAGAAUACAUCCCACAAAAUCAAGAAGCUUGAAGCAGCCAAGAAAUCUCUGCAGAAUGCUCAGAAACAUUAUAAGAAACGUAAAGGUGACAUGGAUGAGCUGGAGAAAGAGAUGCUGUCAGUGGAGAAGGCCCGACAGGAGUUUGAAGAGCGAAUGGAGGAAGAGAGUCAGAGUCAAGGCAGAGACUUGACCCUGGAGGAGAACCAGGUAAAGAAAUACCACCGAUUAAAAGAGGAAGCUAGCAAGAGAGCAGCCACUUUGGCUCAGGAGCUGGAGAAGUUUAAUCGAGACCAGAAAGCUGACCAGGACCGUCUAGAUCUAGAAGAGCGGAAGAAAGUAGAGACAGAGGCCAAGAUCAAGCAAAAACUGCGGGAGAUUGAAGAGAAUCAGAAACGGAUCGAGAAGCUAGAGGAAUAUAUUACCACUAGCAAGCAGUCUCUAGAGGAACAGAAGAAGCUAGAGGGAGAAUUGACAGAAGAAGUAGAGAUGGCCAAGCGUCGUAUUGAUGAGAUCAAUAAGGAGCUGAACCAGGUGAUGGAGCAAUUGGGGGAUGCGCGCAUUGACCGGCAGGAGAGCAGCCGCCAGCAGCGGAAGGCAGAAAUAAUGGAAAGCAUCAAGCGUCUCUACCCUGGUUCUGUGUAUGGCCGCCUCAUUGACCUCUGCCAGCCUACACAAAAGAAGUAUCAGAUUGCUGUGACCAAGGUUUUAGGAAAGAACAUGGAUGCUAUUAUUGUAGACUCAGAGAAGACAGGUCGGGAUUGUAUUCAGUAUAUCAAGGAGCAACGUGGAGAGCCUGAGACCUUCUUGCCUCUUGACUACCUGGAGGUGAAACCUACUGAUGAGAAACUCCGCGAACUGAAGGGGGCCAAGCUAGUGAUUGAUGUGAUUCGCUAUAAGGCCCCCCACAUCAAAAAAGCUCUACAGUAUGCUUGUAAUGCCUUGUUUUGUGACAAUGUGGAAGUCUUGACGAAUUGCCUUUGGAGGUCCUGGCAUACAAGGUAUACAGUGGCAUUGGAUGGCACCUUUCAGGAGUCAGGAGUUAUCUCUGGGUGGAGCCAGUGAUCUCAAAACAAAAAACACGACGCUGGGAUAUGAGAAGGCAAUGGGUACAAACUAAAGAAAAAAAAAAAAAAACGUUUAUUAGAGGAGCUAAAAGAGCAGAUGAAGGCAAAAGCGAAAAGAGGCAGGCUACGUCAGGGGAUCUCAGGCCAUGGGCUCAAAUGUAAGCUGAAGUACUCCAUGACCUGGAACAACUAGACAAGGCAUCUUGCCCUGAAUCUCCAGGAAAAAUCUAAGCUGGAGAGUGAACUAGCCAACUUCGGGCCUCGAAUUAAUGAUAUCAAGAGAAUCAUACAGAGCCGAGAGAGGGAAAUGAAAGACUUGAAGGAGAAGAUGAACCAGGUGGAAGAUGAGGUGUUUGAAGAGUUCUGUCGGGAGAUUGGUGUGCGUAACAUCCGAGAAUUUGAGGAAGAGAAGGUGAAGCGGCAGAAUGAAAUUGCCAAGAAACGCUUGGAAUUUGAGAAUCAGAAGACUCGCUUGGGCAUCCAGUUGGAUUUUGAAAAGAAUCAGUUGAAGGAGGACCAGGAUAAAGUACACAUGUGGGAGCAGACAGUAAAAAAGGAUGAAAAUGAGAUAGAAAAGCUUAAGAAGGAGGAGCAAAGACACAUGAAGAUAAUAGAUGAAACCAUGGCUCAGCUCCAAGACCUUAAGAAUCAGCACCUGGCCAAAAAGUCAGAAGUGAAUGACAAGAAUCAUGAGAUGGAAGAAAUUCGCAAGAAGCUUGGGGGUGCCAAUAAGGAAAUGACUCACUUACAGAAGGAAGUGACAGCCAUUGAGACCAAGCUUGAACAGAAGCGCGGUGACCGCCACAACCUGCUACAGGCCUGUAAGAUGCAGGACAUCAAAUUGCCACUGUCAAAGGGCACCAUGGAUGAUAUUAGUCAGGAAGAAAGUGGCUCCCAGGGAGAAGAGUCAGUGAGUGGUUCCCAGAGAACAUCCAGUAUCUAUGCACGAGAGGCCCUCAUUGAGAUUGACUACGGUGACUUGUGUGAAGAUCUGAAGGUAAGAACUGUGGGUGGGAGGCAUCAACAUCUUCUCAGCUGA